UAUUUCUCUUUAACGACGACUAUUGUUGAGAGUUACAUGAAACUGGAUCACUAUGAUUUCUCGUAAACAAAUAUAACCUAAGGACAAGGAUUAUCUGCUACACGACACUACGUCAUAACGCUACGAACUGCAGAGGGAAUGGAGUAGAGUCACAGUAUACUGUGGUAGAACUUUACGAGUUGGCUAGCUUCAAGUAACAAUGUUUUAGACGAACGUGAGCGUCACUCUUGGGAAGAAUGAUGUUUGCAUCGAUUUUAUUGUUACUCAUGUGUCGAGAGGUGUGGAACGUCGAGGUAGAUUCAUCGAAAACAAUUGUUUGGGGUCCGGGAUUGGAACCGGAUAAAAUAACGAUGAGAGCAAGGUAUAUUUUUCUACAGUUCGUCGAUUUCAAUGGAAACAAUUUAACAGAAUCACCUGGGAAAGAUAUAAUAUCUGUUUCCUUACAAGGGAAAAGUUCGACGGGACAUACGUGCUACGUAUGGACACAAAUUUUUGACUCUAAGGAUGGAAGUUUUAUUGUUAGAUAUAAAAUACACGAGGCAUGCUUCGAUUUGAAAUUAAACGUAAAAACGAAGCAUCGUACUUCGUCCGUCCUAUCGAUAGAAUCCAAAGGACCCGUUUACGAAGAAGAAUGUUACUGCCCAAAUCCUUCCAUCGACGACUGGUUGGGCGAUUUCAAAUGUUCCAAAAACUACACGCGAAUACACAAAGAUCUUAUGCCUUUUACGAACGUGGACUUUGACAAAAUUCGUGACGACAUCGUGAAAGCGUACGACCGACCGGGAUCCAUCAGUCUGUGUCAUUACGUGGUCAAGUCUAACGAAAUUUUUAGGAAAUGCCACGGUCGACACGUAGGUUUCAAGAUGUUCAUGGAUUCUAUCCUUCUGUCGCUCGCGCGUAAAGUCGUUCUACCUGAUAUCGAGUUGUUCGUGAAUCUCGGGGACUGGCCGCUCGUUUCGAAGCACGGAAAAGAUUACCCGAUCUUCUCGUGGUGCGGCUCGUCUGACACAAAGGACAUCGUCAUGCCCACCUACGAUAUCACGGAAUCAUCGCUAGAAGCAAUGGGAAGGGUGAUGUUGGACGUGCUAUCUGUACAAGGUAGUACCGAAACGCCGUGGAGAGACAAAAGGAGACAACUGUUCUGGCGUGGUCGAGAUUCCCGCAGAGAACGGCUAGAUCUGAUCGACGUUUCAAGAAAAUACCCUGAACUGUUCAACGUUUCGAUCACGAAUUUCUUUUUCUUUACCGAUGAAAUUGAUAAGUACGGUCCAGGGCAAAGUCACGUGUCAUUCUUCGAUUUCUUUAAGUACAAGUAUCAAUUGAACAUCGAUGGCACGGUGGCUUCGUAUCGGUUUCCGUAUCUACUCGCCGGAGACGGUCUCGUGUUCAAACAAGAAUCAAAGUAUUAUGAAUUCUUUUACGAUGACGUUCUACCUUGGAAACAUUACGUACCCGUUAAAAGCGACUUGUCGGAUCUCGUUGAAAAGAUCAUGUGGGCGAGAGAACACGACGAGGAAGCGUUGCAAAUUGCCAAGUCCGCUAGACAAUUCGCAAGGGAUAAUUUACUGCCGCAAGACGUGUUUUGCUAUCACGCCGUCUUGUUUAAUGAAUGGAGUAAACGCUUAAAGAGUAGAGUUAAGGUACUAGAUAACAUGGAAGAAGUGCUGCAACCUAAGCAUUCUUGUAAAUGUUACAACGACGGUGACAAGGUCGAAGAAACGAGACUCAAGAAGGAACUUUAAUCAUCGAUUUACUCCCUAAUAAUAUACGGGUUUCACGUUCUACCAUAGUCUCUUUCGUACGCAAAAAUAAACACAUGGUUCGAACAUCUGUCGCACAGACGAGCGUGAUUUCGCAGCGAAUUGCAGUAAAAGAGGAGAGAUCAAUCUUAAAAUAUCGAGUCGUUCUAACAUUGGAAAUCUCUACUUUCAACUUUACAAUUUGAAAAUAUAUAUUUUUUAUGACAGUCUAUCUUCGUUUAUGAUCGUUCUGCUCAACGUUUCGAUGGUACACGACGGAAAUAUUAAGCAAAAGCGAAAAAGAACCAGAGUUCAGAAUUGAAGUGUCGAACGUUCCGUUGUCCUCUUUUACUCGUGAAUUCGACGACGCGUCUCGCGCUACCUCGGAUCAAGCGCCAAGAAAUUUUCCAAGGAAAAGACAAUAUUUUCGCAAACAUACAAAUCCGUUUAAUGACAAUAAAAAAUAUAUAUAUAUGUAUAUAUAUAUAUAUAUGUAUAAAAUUAGACAAGGAAACAAACAAUAGGUUACUCGUAAAGCAAACGCGCGCUCCCGCAGCUGUGAACAGAUCGUAUCACGUCGUACCGUACGUUUCGUACGUUCAACAUCGAUGCGACGAAUGUGUCGAUGCUGCAACUCCUCAUCGAUCGAGCUAAACGCACUGCCGAGUCCGGUACCACACGUAUCGGAAUUAAAGAACGGAGAUUUACGACCCUAACGUACAGAGCGACGUUACGUAGAACAUAGAAUGUAAAUGCAUCGAGUCGAAACGUCGACAUUUGUACCAAAUCAUUCACAGCAUCCCGAAUGUUUUAAUUGCGAGAGUAUCUGCGAUGGAAGAUACGACUUCUUUUUGUUUCUUCGAAGUCUUUUCGAUCACAUUGGAAUACGUAUACAAUAUGCAAAGUCUACAAAAUUGAUUUUUGUACCGAAUUAUAUUUGGUGGUAAAAUCGA